ACCUUUCGGUGUUGCAAACGUCAGACACAGCCGAGUGGUCAAAGUCAAAGAACUAAAUUCAAAAUGCGUGCUUUUAUUGUUAUGUGCUUGGUGGCAGUUGCCUGCGCCGAUAAGCUCGGCUACAACUACCAGCCCGUGGGUCACUCCAGCUCCGGACUGUCCUUUGCUCCUGGCAGUGGCAGCAUUGGAGGAGGUUCCAUUGGAGGUGGAUCCAUUGGCAGCAUUGGAGGAGGCUCCAUUGGCAGCAUUGGAGGCGGAAGCCUUGGAGGCUCUCUGGGAGGUGGCUCCCUGGGAGGCAGCAUUGCCAGCGGAGCUGGUCUGGGCAGCAUUGGAGGUGGCAGCAUUGGCAGCAUCGGUGGUGGUGAAGCCCUCAGCGCCCCCGUCUCCUACAGCGCCCCUGCCCCCGUCGCCGAGCUGGAGAAGGAGUUCUUCACCUUCACCGCCAACGAGCAGGACUUCGAUGAGCCCCAGCAGCUGGAGAAGGUCUCCUCCGCCCUGAACAAGGCCCUCCGCGUGGUCUUCAUCAAGGGACCCGAGAACAAGGGACUGGAGAACGCCGCCCUGGCUCUGGCCAAGCAGGCUGCCCAGCAGGAGACCGCCAUCUAUGUCCUGAACAAGCAGGCCGACAUUGGAGAUCUGGCCAACAAGCUGAACGCCAUCCGCAGCAACAACAACAACAAGCCCGAGGUGCACUUCGUCAAGUACAGGACUCCCGAGGACGCCGCCAACGCCCAGCGCGCCAUCCAGGGUCAGUACGACCAGCUGGGAGGCUCCAGCCAGGCCCACAACGGCGGUGUCGCCCCCGUCCUGAACUUCGCCUCCGCCGGCCCAGUGCGUCAGGCCGGCCAGAGCCCCGACAACUCCUACCUGCCCUCUUCGGUCUUCCGUCGCGUCUAAGUCGCUCCUUUUUGUUCCUCAUCGAAUCGAAAAAACGCCAGCGAUCUUCGACUGAUUUUAAAUCCUAGUUAUUGUUGACUAAUGCUUAAAUAAACUCAAUUC